CAGUGGGGCAGAAUGGAAUAAAACACAGUAGAAUAGGACAGAGUAGAAUAGAUUCGAGUCCCCGGACCCUUCUGAAGGGGGGCUUCACGUGUAAUAGCCGGUUUGUAAUCUACAGUUGAACGUAGCGCGCUGCUGUCUUCGAGAGUCCGGCGAACGCAGCGCGGACCAAUCGGCGCCUGCGCGUCAAAAUGUUCGUUUCAAACCCGGAAGUGGAGUCCAAACCAAAAGUGCGCCGUGUCGUUCACAAACCGUCUGCGGGGAAGAAGAGUCUCUCAUCGGAGCUCAGACAUGGCGAUAGACUGGGUUGGAUUCGCCUACGCUGCAGCCAUCGCCCUGGGAGGCUAUAUGGGCUACAAGAGGAAAGGUAGUGUGAUGUCCCUGAUAGCGGGCUUGGUGUUCGGCGGCUUCUCUGCCUACGGUGCCUACAGGGUCUCAAGUGACCCGAACGACGUCAAGGUGGCUUUGCUCACGUCGGGAACCCUCACGGCCGUGAUGGGAAUGAGAUUCAAGAAGUCUGGAAAAUUGAUGCCUGCUGGCAUUAUGGCAGGACUAAGUUUGCUGAUGGUGUUACGACUGCUCCUCUUCACGAUUGUGUGACCAGAGAAAUGAAACGCGGCCGACCGAAGCAGAGGAGCGAUGCCACCCGAACGAGAGUCCUUCAGGCACAGUUUGUGCGUCUCCGUCAAGGAAAAGAGCCUCGGCCUAAAAGGCUCAGCCUGCACACUACAAGUAUUGUUGAUUUUUAAAAUAGUAUUACAUUCCACCUGACCGCAGAAAGUCCUGCAGGAGGACCCAGCAGACCAGGGUUGGUGGGCUGUGAACUUCCUGCAGGAAUGUUCCUUUGCUGCAAUGAUUAUAAAUCUGACAGUUUGUGUGUGUGUGUGUGUGUGUGUGUGUGUGUGUGUGUG